AGUCGUUCCUUUUACAAAAAUUGCUUAUAUUACUUUUGCGUCUCAGUUCUGGUUGGAUUCUGCCCAGAGCUAGUAUCAGCAUAAGUAAAGAGUAGAGGGUGCAACAAACAUUGACAUUCAGUGAUAUGAGAAUCUGGUGAGCCCCACCAGGGAUAUUUGACUGCCACCUCUACCCUGUCGUUCUAUCGCAGACGUAGCCGGUUUGUCGCGACUUUCGGGCUGAGUCUCUUGAGGAACAGAGAACAGAAAAGAGAAAAGUGGUCGGUCGUUGUAGGGGAAGAGAGGAGGAGCCCGGGUUGUCUCAGUGUUGGCGUUGCUGCCCUCAAGCAUUCACGCCUACCGAAGUUGCGCUGGGAGAGUCUCCCCUCUCGCUCGCUCCAACAGUCAACCGGUCGCGCUCGGGACUUUAGCACACCAACACCUCCAACCGAGCGUGAGGGAGGUGUGGGGGUGAAUCCCGGAGGAGGUGUCAAUCCUAGCGCUGCUCAGUGACCAUCGCGGCGCCACCCAAGUAACACCUCAGUCUCUCCGCGGGCACACCGGGCCUUGAGCCCGAUGCGAGCACAUAUUUUGUAUAUCCCACAAUAAAUAUUACGCCUUACAGUUAAGUACAGUAUCAGUGUUGUUUAUAUUUUCAUUUUUUUAUUAUUUAAUAUACUACCGAUAAAUUUGUCAUAUUUAUCUGUUGUUUUUUUUUUUUUAUUAUUCUAUCGCUCCUUUUUAAAAGCGAGUUUAAAUUUUUUGACAGUGGACAGUGUUUUUUAUUUAAUAAAUAAAUAUUGAAAUAAAUAAAAAUAUGUCGAUGGUUUUUUGUGCUGAAAUUUAAAUUGUGAGCCGGUUAAAAAGCUGGACGGGUUUUGCAACAAGCCACGAGAUAUUAUAUUGAGAUAUAUAAGAGUGCCGAGCGUUUGUCGCCCGUCGGACGCUGACACCCGGUUUUUUGCACGCAUGCUAAUAAAGCUCACUCAAAAAUAUGCAAAAAAAAAACAAGUGUUGUGGAUAAAAAAAUAAAGUAAUUAAAAUAACAAGGAUAAUUGCAAGAGUUGUGAAUAAGGAUACAGCUGAAAAUAUUUAUUAUUUUGUUCUUCAGUGUUGAUAUUAUAAUAAUAAAUAAAUAAGUGUGGAUUUUAAAUUAACUAGCUGAGUUCGUGCAUGUCUUUGGUUAAUUAUUCAUCACCGAGAUAUGACAUUGACAGAAAUAUAUACAUUUGCCGGAUUAAAUUUAAUUGUUUAUCACAAACGACUGAUAGAAACAUAUUAAUCUUGGUAUUAAUUUAAAAAGUGUCUGUGAAUUUUGGAAUUAAAAAGUGAUUAUUUAAAAAAAAAAUAAUCAAAAUUGUUUAAGUGUGACUGUUAUUAAUUGGUAGUAUUUAAAAAAAAAAAAAAAAAAAAAUACUGUGUGUUUACUAUGUUCUUUUCAAUGCGUUUAAUUUUGACAGGAGUGGAUAAUACAAACGAGAUAAAAAUAAAACGCGCGCGAUGUCGCGUGUUAAAAUAUGGAGUAUAGUUUUGUGAGAGUUUACAGAGUCACUGACUAUAAAAAAAAACGCAUGUAUCUUCAUGAACAUGAUAUUAGAUUAACAAUAAAUAAAAUAAUUAUAUUGGAGUAAUAAAGAGGAAGAUAAUAACAAUUUAAAGAAGAAAAAAAAAGUGAUUGUUUUUAGGCAAUAGAUUAGAGAGUCGAAGAGUAAUCUCGCGCGACUCUGUUAAUUCGCCCCAGCAUCUCGAUGAGAUUCGAACAAGACACGACGUGCAGGGGUACCCACUGCGCCAGCACUCCAUUACAGGCACCUCAAAAAAUAAGACCCAAGGAAGAGGUGGAGGUAGUGGACGGUGUCUUCUCGGCCUCUCAGGACAACCGAGUGUUGUUGCUGGACAAUCACCGGCAUAAUCUAAACAAUCAUCAUCAGCAGCACCACCAGCAACAUCCGUCUCACUUAGGAGGGAACAGAAGGCGAUUGUUUGAAUUGGAGGUAAAUAACACACUAGAGAGUGCCAAUACGGGGCUCAGGGGGGUGGCGGGAGGGCCUGGGAUGGCGUAUCCUGCAUCAGCAGCCGGGCCGACACUUAAUCAGCACUCGGCAUUCUCAUCGAUAAACAAUUCGGCGAGCGGCAACGGGAACGGUCAUCUUUCAUCCAGCCAUUUACCGGCACCAGCGGCUCCUCGGCCCACUGACUUCAGUGUCUCUUCGCUGCUUACUGCUGCCAAUAACCAUCCCUCGCAUCUUGGUGGAUCCUCGUCUCAGGGGAGCGCUUCUCCGCCGCCUGGUGGACCUGGAAGUCCCGCCGCUGCACCUGAAACGCCUCCACCACAUAAUAAUAAUAAUAAUAAUAAUAAUAAUAAUAGUAGUAAUAAUAAUAAUAAUAAUCACCGUGACCAAAUUGGACAUUCGGCGGCGGAAGCGGCCGCGGCAAAUUAUUUUAACGCGUUAGCUGCCGCGGGUUUUUGCAAUCCCAGUGGUGUACAUUUGGCGCAUAAUCCUAAUAAUCCACAUCAUCUAUCGGCCAAGGGGCUACUUGGUAGUCCUCAUCAUCAUCCGCAGUUUAAUCUACACGGGAUUACACCUCAAGGCCUAAACCUAGGACCUCACGUAGCCGACGACGCAAACGCAGCAGUUCUGGCGGCAGCAGCAGCAGCAGCAGCUCUUCAUCAUCAUCACCAAGGCGGCCCAGGUGGCCCAGCAAUGAGGCCGUUGAGGCUGCCUCUUCCACCGGGCAUGAUGCACUCAUCGCCGCUUCCUAUGGCACCUCACCACCCUCUCGCCGCCCCUCAUCAUCUCGUACCUCCUCACCAUCCCGAGGAGGACGGCGUCGUUGACGAUCCCAAGGUCACAUUAGAGGGUAAAGAGCUCUGGGAAAAAUUCCACAAACUCGGCACUGAGAUGGUUAUUACCAAGAGUGGCAGACGCAUGUUUCCCGCUUAUAAAGUGAGGGUGUCCGGUUUAGACAAACGAGCUAGCUACAUACUUCUGAUGGACAUCGCGGCAUCCGAUGACUGCCGAUAUAAAUUUCACAACAGUAGGUGGAUGGUAGCUGGAAAAGCGGACCCCGAAAUGCCGAAGAGGAUGUACAUACACCCGGACUCGCCAAGCAGCGGUGAGCAGUGGAUGCAGAAAGUCGUGAGCUUCCAUAAACUGAAGUUAACCAACAACAUGAGCGACAAGCACGGCUAUGUAAGUACUACGAUACUAAAUUCAAUGCACAAAUACCAGCCGAGGUUUCAUCUUGUGCGAGCGAACGAUGUCCUUAAACUGCCGUAUUCAACGUUUAGGAGUUACGUAUUCAAAGAAACAGAAUUCAUCGCCGUUACAGCUUACCAAAAUGAAAAAAUUACGCAGUUGAAAAUCGACAACAAUCCUUUCGCGAAAGGAUUUCGAGAUACUGGUGCUGGCAAACGAGAGAAAAAAAGACAGGCGCUGUUAACCGUAUCCGGAGGAACUUCCCGCCUAACUUCCGGCGCCCCAGCAUCACCAGACAAGCGCAGAUCCUCGAACUCCGUAACCGAUAUGAUGGACGACGAGGACAAGCUGCUGGACGUAGUGGGACCAGACACGCCACACCCGGCGCAGCACCACCGAGAACGGGAACACUCCCGGGAAAGAGACGACAGGAUAAGCGAGCGCGAAGGUAGCGAGUCCUCGGGCUCGGAAAGUGGUGGCGUACCUGGUGGACCAACCUCUGAGGGCCCAAGGCCAGACGUGUCCGUCGGGCCGCCGGUGCUCCACCCGCCCCUGCUACCGUAUUUCUACCCUCCAGUACCUGGGCUCUACCACGGACACAGUCCUCUGUUGCCGCCGAACCCUCUGGGCCUCCACGGGGGUGUAACACCAGGAAUGCUGCUGAACGCCCAGCUCGCCUUGGCGGCCAGCCAGCAUUCGGCCCUGUUCGGGCACUAUCCUCACCCCCUCUCGAGUCCAUUGCACCAGCUGAAGGGACACCGAUUCGCGCCUUACACCUUACCUGCCCCUUCCCACGGCUCGGCUUUCGAGACAGUCACUCCUGGAAGCCGUACUCUGAGUCCCAGGUCACCUCCUCCCAGGCCCCCCACCGGGUCUCCUACUCCUGGGACAGGCGGACACGGUCCAGCAAACAGCGGACCUGCCUCGGCUACGGGAGAAUUAAAAUCCAUCGAGAACAUGGUUAACGGGCUCCAGGAGAGACGGAGCAGCAGUAGCAUUAAAAAACGGCCUAGUCCUAGUUUGACGCCCGGGCAUCGGAACGAGGCCGACGGAGGCGGAGGGAGUCCGUGACAUGAAAGCAACGAGCCUGUAUCUAGUACCAAGAUAGACACUGAGGAGGAGGAUGAAGAUCUUGAGAUAACCAGCGGCGAUGAGUCCAAGGAUGAACAGGAACUCGAGCCGGAUUCCACGUCAGAGCCCUCGUAGCUGAGAUUAUUGGUUAAUUUUCUUGGAGAACACCACGGACUCUCGGCUAAAGACGAUUUAUUAUUGCCGGGUGGGAGUAAUAAUUACGACUUGUCGCGUUAG